AUGGUUAGUGAAGAUUUUUUUUCGACCAUAUAUUUUAUAGAAGAUAUUUCCCAACUAGAAGAAUUUCAAAAGGAGUUCCAACUGUGGCUGCAGACUCGCGAGAAGACAGUUCGCCUACAGCAAUUGUUUGACGUUUGGAAGUUAACAGACGAAGAACGUCGGAAUGGCCUCGAAGAUCUCCCAAUCGAACGACAAACAGAGUUCUGUAUUCUUUGUAGAUCCAUGGUAUCGCAACUGAUUCAGCAGCGAUUGGCCGGAGCAACCAGAGUGGAUAUGUUCGCUACAGCAAAUGAAUUGUGCAUCAGUCUGCAGAUUCAGGAACCGGACGUUUGCUUCGGAGUAAUAGAUUUGAACAUCGACUUUUUCCUAUACAUCUUUGACGAGCGACCCACGUUACAAGCGGACAGUGUAUGCGGUGUUGUUUUUCAAUCAUCGGCAUGCGUUAUCAGUGACCCUGAGUUUCUCGACUGGUCAGUAAACGUCGAUGCGAAUGGAGAGCCAAUUACGCAAUCAAAACACUUUCCAAACACGCGGGGUGAAAAUGACAUUAAAAUAGUACAAAUUACUGAUCUUCAUUACGAUUCCAAAUACGAAGCCGGUUUUAAUGCCAACUGUAAUCGACCGGCUUGCUGCCGUAAUGAUCAAGGUAUUCCGGAUAACCCCGUGAAUGGUGCCGGGUUCUGGGGAGACUAUCGCGACUGCGACUCUCCGUGGUUCUCUGUCGAAGACACUAUUGAUCACAUUGUCGAGCACCAUCCGGAUGCGGCAUACAUAUACCACACGGGCGAUAUAGUGGACCACGGCUUUUGGGAAACCUCAAUCGGCCAUAAUAUUCGUACCAUGAAUCGGUUGCACAAUAAACUUCUGGAAGCAUUUCCCAACAUUCCAGUUUACAAUGCAAUAGGCAACCAUGAAGCCCACCCAUCAAACGUUUUCGCACCAAACAUUUCAAAUCGUCCGGAAUUCUCGGUAGGAUGGUUGUACAGCUACUUGGCAGAUGUUUGGGGACACUGACUGCCACAAUCGACUAAAACUACUAUCCAACAGGGCGGUUUCUAUACGACACUAAUAAGGUCUGGAUUGCGAAUUGUUGUCGUCAACACUCAGGUUUGCUACCACUACAAUUGGUGGAUUUUAUGGAAUCCGGGAUACCUUGCAAGUCAACUCCAGUGGGUGCAUGACGUUUUAUUACAUGCAGAGCGAAACAACGAAAAGGUUCAUCUGCUUGCUCACAUUCCGUACAGCUCAACCAGAUCGACUUUUUUCGUGUGCCAGCGAGAGUUUCGACGAAUUAUCGAACGAUUCCACAACACCAUUAGUGGAAUGUUUCAUGGACAUACGCAUCGGGAUGAGUUCAAUGUGUACUAUUCACGAGAAAAUCCGCAGUAUGCGAUCAAUGUGGCGUGGAACGGAGGUAGUGCGACAGCUUACAGAAACGUUAAUCUUAAUUACGUCGUCUAUUAUGUAGAUCCGGAAACAUACCAAGUGACCGACUUCGAAUCAUACAUCUUCAACUUGACCGAUGCAAACCGAUUCCCAGACCGUCGUCCGGAGUGGUAUAAGCUGUACUCCUUUGCCGAGGCGUUCGGUAUGCAUAACCUGAGUCCAGCCGAGGCUGAUACUAUGAUUAAACGUCUUGGUACACCGGCCGGACGGAGCGAACUGCGCCAGUACUGGGAGUUUAAAGUCAAGAUGGGAGACCCGUCACUGGCAGCAGGAUGCAAUGAUGAUUGCUUGCUCGAUCAUCUGUGUCAAGUUGUCGUAACCGAGCUGGGUGAAAAUGUGAAAUGCGACGAGCUGAGGGAAACGUUUUUCGGUUAA